AUGCACACUCCAGAGCUUGCCGAACUCAUCCGGUUAAUAGAGCUUGAAAUGCCCACUAUAAAACCAGGAUCGAAGGAUGGUGCAGAAAACUUCCGCGCGAAUCGUUCCCAAGAUCCAGUCCACCAUCCACUACCUCCUGAAGUGCCGGUGACCAGACAAUUCAAAGGUCCCGAUAACCGAGAUAAUACAACGAUGGCAGCGGCAUUGCAGAAGACAAAGAAGGAAAGCGUCGUAGAGGCCAAAGAAACCCCAGAAAGACGUUCAACCAAUGUAGGCGCACAACGAAUGGGAAAUUUGAGAAACAAAUUCGAAACAGGUGAAGUUGGGGAGAAGAAAAAGAAGAAGAAAACAGCUCCAAAAAUCAAGUAUGCAGGAGCUGAGUCGGUGAAAAAUAAAUUUAUCGAGACUGCGUCAAAGACAAGCAACGGAACAGCUAAUGGUCCUAGAGGUCCAAAGGAAAUUACACCGCCACCUGAAGGGGUCGCAGUUGGUGUGUUAGAAAGCAAACCAAAACCGAGAAAUCCAGAUGUAGUAACCGCGGAUGAUACCCUGGAUCCCGUGGAUUUAUCAAUUAUCGGAGAAACCACAAAGAACCUACGAGCUAAAUUCAAACACCUGGAAGAAACUGGAGGACAACUGGAGGAAGAGGAUAAACCUAAACAGAAUGCACUUAUUGAUGAAUACAAAUCAGUGGCACCGGAAGCCACACGGUCAGCUCGAGCUAGGUGGAAGGAUAUUGAAAGUGGAAAAGUGGAAAAGUCCGUUGAAGAGAGACCUAAAAUCGACAUCCAUGGUGAAGGUUACGGUGGUGUUUUUGAGAAUGAACCCGAGAAACUGGAAAACAUCACACGAAGUGGGGGAGAUGCAAGAAGUUUACCGGCUGGCAUCAGUGCCCGAGAACGACGAGAGGAGUUUCUUCGUAGGGCAAACGAAGCAGCUUCCCUUAAGAAGGAGCCCGUCAGAGUCGACAUAAAUGCCGCCGAAGGUGGUAUUUAUGAAAACGAACCCACAAGACGGGAAGAUGUUGUUCGCUACGAUGAUGAGCAGAAUGACGAUUAUCCAUCAGCCUCCGCGAAAUGGGCCUCUGAGGCAAAAGAUCGGUUUAUGCAGGAGGCCAGCAAGGCACAAGAACAGAUUCAACGCACAAAACCCAUCGCCGUGGUCGAAACAGAAGCGAAUGGUGAGGGGACGGCAGAAUAUCGCUUCGCAUCGCAAGCUAAACAGGCCCUGAUUGAACGACAAAAACAAGAAGAGGAGGCCGCGAAAAAUAAGGCCAGACCGGGUAUUAUUGAUAUAUGGGGUGAACAGUGUGCCGAGAGUGGCAUUUUUGAGAACGUCCCUGCGGCGCGUUCAGCCGAUGUUGUGGCUGGAAGCAUGACAGAUGAGGAGGAAUCCGAAGAAGAGUCCGAAGAGGAGUGAAAAUGAGCGUCACGAGCGUUCCCAAUGCCGAACUUGUCAUUAUGACCGAUGUACCAAAACUGUUGGACAGAUCACAGCAGAUUCCAUCAAACUGUAAUUCACUGCCUCUCCACAAUGUACCCCACUAUGUAGGCCAAGCGAGCAUUCAGUUUGGUUUACAUCUUCCGUUGCAUGCCUGAUCGAAGUUCACGACAAGAAAUUGUGAGUGAGCUUGAUCAUAUUUAAUUAUCCUAACUGGCAUACAUGAUCGACUGUUGUAUGUAUUUAUGUACGAGAUACAUUUAAAGAGAUCACUCAAGAGGGCGGUUCGCAUUCCAAUGUCUUCACAACCUCACCGCAUUCUUUCGGUGCACUGGUGGGCACUGCUGAUUUUAUGUACCCACAUAUUUCUGUCAUUUUGCGCCGAUUUUUUCGUCACCACGAGGUCAUUGGAGAGAAAGGUUUCGCGAUGUGCCUUGCCAAAAUUGUUUUAACACUUUCAUCACAGAAACAGUCAAAGGCAAAAACGUAUUGUUGAACGGAAGCUUCACACAUUAUGGUUAGUCUGUGGUAAUAAACAUCGAAAAUACCGACCCGCAAAUUGAGAGUUCUCCGGUGUUUCGCAACCUUUGUCACUUUGGCUAUUGGCAAAAAACCCUGAACGCACUUGAUCCAGAAAAG